AUGAUAUGGGCUACAAGGAAGUUAAGGCAUUACUUUCAAUCUUUUAAGGUGCAUGCGAUUUCAAAAAUAGACCCUCUAAAGUACUUAUUCGAGACUCCGUCUUUUAUAGAAAAGCUAGCUAGAUGGUUGGUGCUUUUAACAGAAUUCGAUAUUGAGUACGUCACUAAGAAGGUAGUCAAGGAUAGAGUUGUGGCUGAGUUUGUAACCCAAAAUGCAAUUAAAGGAGACAACCCUUGGGAUUUGGAAUUUUUUGAUGAGAAUCUAAGGGCAAUCGAGAUCCAAGAGUGGAAGAUGUACUUUGAUGGAGCCGUGAACACAAGAGGUGCAGGCUUAGGAGUAGUUCCGAUCACACUAAAAGGAGAGAUGUUAUCAAUGGCCAAGAGAUUGGACUUUAAGAUGACCAAUAAUAUGGCAGAGUAUGAAGCAUGUUUAUUUGGAUUAGAAGCGGCCAUGGUAGUAGGAGCUAAGUAUCUAAUGGUUUACGAGAAUUCAAUGUUAGUAAUUCAACAAGCCAUCGAAGAAUGGAAAGUAAAAGGAGAGAGGUUGAAGCCAUAUGUCAACUAUCUCAGGCCUUUAGUGUAG